AAUCAGCUGCUGUAGUUUCUAAUAUGCAUGUGUUUCAGGUGAUUAUUCAGAUGUGGGCACGAACAGCGCAUGCGCGUCUGUUUGACAGGAACACAUGCGGCAUAUUCAGCGCUUAGAGCUGAAGAGAGGAGCAACUCCAGGAGGUUUUGCGUGCACACAGAGCUGGAGUGGUUUGGUCAGCAUGGGCUGCUCAUCGUCCAGCACACAGACGCUCGCGCAGGAGAACCCACCGCGCGUCAAAGCGGAGGAGGCGAGCGGAGAAACUCUGCUCUCUCGUAAUGGGCUUGUAGCAGAAGACAGCGAGACCGUCUCGGAUCAGAUGCAGCUGCCAGUUCAAAGCACUCUGCCGGAUGAGCUGGGUCCCGGACCGGACGAGACGGUGGAGGCCUCAGAAGCAGAGCAGACAGCGGUCAGCGCUAGUGAUGCUCCUCUAGAGGAGAGAGAUGCAGCUGAUGUUCCCGCUGCUUCAGAACCCACUGACUCCACGCCUGCAGAACCCUCUCUAGCUGUGGAACCUGCGUCAGAUCUCACCAGCACUCCAGAACCCAAGCCAGCUGAGCUAACAGCAGCUCCAGAGGCCCCAUCAGACACGAGCUCGGAGCCCACACUGGAGCAAGCAGACACAGCUCCUGAAGCUCAAGAACCAGGUCCAGUGGAGCGAAGCCCUGCUCCAGAACUCACUGUGUCUGAGCCUAUCCCGAGUGCAGAACCAGCUCCUGCUGAGGAAUCGACUGUGUCUCCAGAACCAGCUGCAGUGGAACCAAGCCCAGCUCUAGAAUCAGCUCCGGCUCCAGAACCCUCGGCUGAGGAACCAAGUUCAGCUCCAGAACCAGCUGCAGUGGAACCGAGCCCAGCUCCAGAAUCAGCUCUGGCUCCAGAACCCUCGGCUGAGGAACCGACUCCGGCUCCAGAACCCUCGGCUGAGGAACCGAGUUCAGCUCCAGAACCCUCAGCUGAGGAACCGAGUUCAGCUCCAGAACCAGCUGCAGUGGAACCGAGCCCAGCUCCAGAAUCAGCUCUGGCUCCAGAACCCUCGGCUGAGGAACCAAGUUCAGCUCCAGAACCCUCGGCUGAGGAACCGACUGUGUCUCCAGAACCAGCUGCAGUGGAACCGAGCCCAGCUCCAGAAUCAGCUCCGGCUCCAGAGCCCACGGUUGAGGAACCAAGCCCAGCUCCAGAACCCUCGGCGGAGGCAGCAGCGAUCACACAGUCUGCAGAGGAGAACGCGACCUGCGCAGACGCUCCAGAGGUCGGUGAAGAUGGAGCUGAUCUGCUGAAAUCCACAGAACCUGAAGAUUGAUGUCAGUGUGACGCUGUGAGACAUGCCUUUUAUCUCAGAGACGUGAGGGUUUGUACAUAAAUGAGUGUUUCUAAGUAGCGUUAGCAUCAUUAGCAUUGUUGUUAAAAGCCACAGAAAUGCCUCUGAGAGCGCGGGUCCCGUGGGUGUCCGGCCGAGCGUGGGACGAAAUCACAGCAUCAUGUCCUCAUCUCCAACUGAGUCAAACACAACAGCAAUAUUAACUCACCUGAACAAACAUGAGCCAAAGCUCUAAUAACUGUGAAUCAACCAAAU